AUGCCAUUACACAAUGUUGUUCAGAAUGUGCGGGAAUCGCUAGGUCACUCAUUCUUCAGCUCAUACAGGGGGCGGAUUUUACAUCACAACUGUGUCAAAGCUUGCAUAAGUUUGCAUAAUUUAGUGUCUACUCUUAGAUAAGAGGAAAAUAGUGGGAAAAAAGGGAAUUUGC